GUCUGAUUAUCAGUCUUUCUGUAUGCUUUUCUGUAUGGCUCUAGCUUGUCUCUCCAUCGUUCUAUCCGUCUGUCUUUCCAUCCAUCCCUCUGUCAUUCCAUUCAUUAUCUUUCUAUAUCUGUCUCUAGCUAUCUGUCGUUUACUCAUCUUUCCAUCCAUCUGUCUAUCUUGUGUGAUUAGAAAUCAACUACGUAUUGAAAUUAAUUUCACAUGGCAUUAAAUGCUGCCCUGUUCUUAUAGCUAGAGGUUCUUAAUGGGAGCUCAUUAUCAGAGUCGAUUCAUGAUGAACGAGUCAUUUAUGCUCGCUAUAAAUAAUGCAGAAACCGGCACGUGAGAAUGCAGCGUGGGCUCUUGUUGAUCUCGCGCCUUUCUUCGUGCGAGAUAAAACCGCACAUGUGCUCGUGCACACAUAAAGCCCGUUUCCUCACCACGGCGCCGCCAAAAGGGUGGGCUGCGCUCUCUUCUCAGUUUUUAUCCACACAAUGUGAGACUUCAGAUAAGAUGAGAUAAAAUUGCUUUUUCACACCUUCAUCAUGCCAAACGACACGGACGAGCCGCUGUCUGAAUGCGCGCUGGGACGCGGAUCGCGCAUCUCGCUCGCAACCAUUUACUCCUUUAUGUGCGUUUUGGGCACCAUCCUCAAUCUCUUGGUCAUCUACCUGGUCGUCACGUUCAAGAAACUCCGCACGGCCAGUAAUGCCUUCAUCGUGAACGGCUGCGUGGCUGAUUUAUUGGUGUGCGCAUUCUGGAUGCCGCACGAAGCUGUGACCACCUCAACCGGGAGAUUUCUCGUGAUCGGGUACCAAGCGUUCAAAGAAGCGCUGCUGUUUCUGGGAAUCACGGUUUCUUUGCUUUCCCAUUCGCUUAUUGCCGUAAACAGGUACGUUUUGAUCACCAAAACCCCCGCUGUGUAUCAAAGUCUCUACCAGAAGAGAAACACUGAAUGGAUGAUCGCGGGAUCGUGGCUCAUCUCACUCGGUUCUUUGUUUCCGUGGCUCACAUCUUUUCGGUACCCACCAGAGAGAUGCAGGGAUGCCGAGGGUGCGCUCGCAGCAUCAGCACCACCAGCAUCAUUCGCGAUGGGGACGUCGAUGUCCGUUUUAUCCAGUCCGUUCGCAGCUGGCACUUUCGCGGUCACUAUCAUCGGACAGACUUUUGUGGUAGUGUACUGUUACUUUAAAAUCUUCCGCAGGGUACAAAUAAGCGUGAAACGAGUGAGUAUUUUGAAUUUCCAAAUCGUGAACAAUCUUCCCUAUUCCUUCCCCAGAAAAGACAAGCGCCUCGGUUUCUAUGUCCUCGCGGUCUGCUUUAUAUUUAUCCUCACAACCGAACCCAUUUUUUGGGUGCUCGUCGCGGGACUCUUCGUGCCCGUGUCUGUGGUACUUUGGACGUCGACGUGGAUUUUCUUCUGCACUAUUUUUGUCUCCAAUCCGUUUUUGUACACUUGGAAAAACGAGGAGUUUAGGAAGUCGUUUAGGUCUGUGAUGAGAGGAGAUUUCUUGCGUGGAUCUACGGUUGGGGUCGAACCCAUCACCAUUAAUACCAUUUCUCACAUUUUCCCACGCCAAAACAGCCGGAGGGCAUUCCUGGCUGAAAUGAACUGAACCUUGCUUGAAAAACUGUCACCCUGCUGAAAAACAAACAAACAAAAGAUGGUUAUAAUGGGAAAUGUAUUAGUUUGAAUGGAAACCAUAUGCCAGUGUUGGGUUUUAUUAGGAUGUUAUCUAAACCAAUAAAGCGUCAUCAAACCACGCUACAUAAAUACAUUUGUACUGGUUUUAAUGGGAAAUUAUGAUUCAUAAGGGUAUUUGUAAAGAAAACCAUUGUAAUUUGUAUAGUUUUUAUUGGAUUUUUUUCAGCAGGGCAGUUUCGCUCGUGCCUAGACGUUUGUGUCCAAGAUGCUUCUACAAUCCGCCAGUGAAGAUAAGCUGCAUGUAUUUUACAGUGUUUUGUAAAGCAGGUUUCUUGUUUUUUUGUAAAACUUGACAUGUGAAGUGCUUUUGCAAAACUGUGAACGACUGCCACUUUUUAAAGACAUGUUUAUGAAUCAAAUAAAUCUCAAUUCUCUGUGUUA